AUGCUAAAUCAAGAGCCUGUAGAAAAUCUUUUUUCCUUUAUCUGCAGCCAAAACAAUCAUAUUUCCAGGAUAUCCAGUCUGGUCGAAAAACUCUGCAUCAAUUAUGGUGAAGAAAUUUGUCAGUUUGAAGGAGUGACAUAUUAUGCUUUUCCUGAUGUGGAAAAUCUUAUGGACAUAAAAGUGGAAUCAAAAUUAAGAGAACUAGGUUUUGGUUAUAGAGCCAAAUUUAUUCAAAAAUCAGCAGCUCAGAUUGUAGAGUGGGGAGGAGAGGAAUGGUUUAAAAGAUUAAAGGAUAUGAAAUACAAGGAUGCUCGACAGGAACUUAUAAAAUUGUGUGGAAUCGGUCCUAAAGUCGCUGAUUGUAUAUGCCUGAUGUCAUUGAAUCAUCUAGAGGCACUACCUGUUGACACUCAUGUGUAUCAAAUAGCUGCUACAAACUAUCUACCACACUUGAAAGGCAAAAAAAGUGUCACAGAAAAAAUGUAUUCUGAAAUAGGUGACCACUUUAGAUGUUUGUAUGGAGACAAGGCAGGCUGGGCACAUACUGUACUCUUUUGUGCUGAUUUGAAAAAAUUUCAACAAGAUGACUCAAACGAGGAAGUUGUUAAAAGUAAAAGAAGAAAGAAAAAAUAA